AUGAGAUUACGCAAGAUUUCAGCUGGGAAACCUGUUUCUUCGCCAAUGCUAGGAAUCCGUGUUGUUAAUUAUUUAAAUAAACUCCUUAAAGAGCCGAAUAACAGGAUCCACCAGUUCAUUUUUGAGUCUGGUUCCACCCGGAGAGGACCGCUCUGCGCACAGCAUAAUUCAGUCGCAAUGUGGUCCGUCUCACUGACUUGCUUGCUGCUGAUCAUAUUAGCCUCAAAUGCAGCGGAAAUCAGCGACGAAUUCUCAACAGAGGAACCGAGCACUACUCCAGAAACUGAAGCUUACGAAGAGACCACUGAAAAUGUUCUCAGCGGGGUUGCAGACAACUCAACCGAGGACUUUUCGGGCGCGCAAUUAUACAGCGUCAAGCUGAAAACGACAGCUCAUCAACACGUUUUCCAGCAGUUGCAGGAACAAUCACUUGUAGACGUCUGGCUGCAUGUAAAGAGUAAAAAGAGUAGCCGCGCGGAGUUCAUGGUUAUGCCGAAUUACAUUCCAAAAGUGUUAACAAUGUUGUAUGAUGCUGGAAUUCAGCCGAAAAUUGUGGUCCCUAAUAUGCAACGACUGAUUGAAAAGGAAAAAACUGAAGUCGUUACAAAAACGAAUUCAGCGCGUGCAGCCUACAAAAUGAACUGGGAUGAGUACCAUCGAUACGACACAAUCCAUGCUCUUCUCCUUUACUACGCGAAUGAGUAUCCUGACACUUGCACCCUCCACACAAUUGGGAAAACCGUUGAAGACCGAGAUAUUCAGCUCCUCAAAAUAUCAUCUGGAGGCGAAGAAAAUAAACCCGCUGUGUUUAUAGACGGAGGAAUGCAUGCAAGAGAAUGGAUCUCGCCAGCCGUCGUGACUUAUAUAAUUAAAGAGCUGGUGGAAAGAAGGGGUAAAUAUCGCUCGUUCAUUAACGACGUUGAUUUCCACAUCGUGCCGAUUGUAAACGUGGACGGCUACGAGUAUUCGCACGCGAGGAACCGACUGUGGCGCAAAAAUAGAGCUUCGAUUUGGGGACUUUGCAGCGGGGUCGACCUGAACCGAAAUUUUGGCUACAAAUGGGCAGCCUAUUUUGGCACUCACAACUUUGGAUGCUCUGAAGACUACCGUGGAGCAACGAGCUUUUCAGAGCCCGAGACAAAGGCUAUCAGAGAAUACAUCAUGUUCCAAUCAAAAGCUAACUACAAGGCGUACCUAUCAUUCCACAGUUAUGGCCAAAUGAUCCUUUAUCCCUACGGAUAUGCGAGCGGUGAGCUGCCUCCUGAUGUCGAUGACUUGGAGCGAGUGGGAAAAGCUGCCGCGAACGCAGUACAAGAGCUCAGUGGAACAAUAUACAAGGCUGGAAACUCAGCGAAAUUGAUGUAUAGAACUGCAGGUGCAUCUGACGAUUGGGCAAAGGGAGAAGCUGGAAUCAAAUACUCCUACAUCAUUGAGUUGUCAGACAAAGGCCGAUAUGGAUUCACGCUGCCGGCGAAAUUUAUCAAGCCGACAGGAGCAGAUGCAAUGGAAAUCGUAAAGGUCGUGGCAAACGAAAUUAAGCAAGUUUGAAAACUUGACUUUUUAAUUCUAUAUAAGUUAUUUAUUCAAUAAAAAAAAUUUAUUGUU